AGGUGCCCGUCGCGAGCCGGGUCAACGCGCUGAUCUUCGGGCCCCCAAAGGUGGGGCUGAGCUCCCUGGCGAGGCGCCUGGGAGCCAGGACCACCGCAUGGUCCUCAAGCUGGACGACGUCAUCGACUGGGCCGUCAGGUUCCCGCGCUUCCUCGUCAGCGACCGCGUGGCCAAGCGCAUCGGCGAGAAGAUCAAGAGCAGGGAGCGGCCGACCGUUGAGGAGGCGGCGCACCUGCUGCGGCGGCGCGCCGAGCUGGACGACUGCAACGCGGGCGUGAUCGUGGACGGCCUCUGCAGUGAGCACCUGGACGCCGGCCAGGUCGUGGAGGCGGUCCUGGAGGCGUUCCGGGGCCAGAGGACCGUCGUGAUGGCCACGCGGCUGCCGCCCGCCGUUGCCAAGGAGCGCGAGGACGGCUCCUCGGCGGCGUCCAGCCGCUCCAACAGCAGGGCCGCCGACGGAGCGAAGGCGCCGAGCCCCGCCGGGGCCCUGCUGUGCAGGCACUACGAGACGCUGCGCCCGGUGCUCGCUGCUCGCGUCG